ACGCUCCCUGUGACUAACUGUUAGCGUGCUAACGAGAGUACGCAGAAGCAAAAUAGAUAUCCCAAAAUGGCAACGGCAAUUUACUUGGAGCAUUAUCUUGACAGUAUAGAAAAUCUACCAUGUGAGUUACAGAGGAACUUCACCUUGAUGCGGGACCUGGACAACAGAACCGAGGAAAAGAAAGGCGAGAUCGACAAGCUGGCGGAGGAGUACAUAGCGAAUGUGAAGAACCUCGCCUCGGCGCAGAGAGUGGAACACCUGCAGAAGAUCCAGAACGCCUACAGCAAGUGCAAAGAGUUCAGUGAUGACAAAGUCCAGCUUGCCAUGCAGACGUAUGAAAUGGUGGAUAAACAUAUCCGCAGACUGGAUGCAGACCUGGCUCGGUUUGAGAACGAGCUGAAGGAGAAACUAGAACAGAGCGGCUAUGAAAGUGCAGAUGGAAGAGCGCUGAAAAAGAGCGAGAUGCGGAGCCAGAGAGAGAAGCGUGGGUCCAGGGGUCGAGGAAGGAAGGGCUCCGACGAAGAUUCUCCCAGAAAGAAGAAGAAGGCCAGUCCGGUCCUGAGCGACGCCCUCCUGCCGAUGCAACCGUCAGACGUUUUGGACAUGCCGGUGGACCCCAAUGAGCCGACGUACUGCCUGUGCCACCAGGUUUCCUACGGAGAGAUGAUCGGAUGUGAUAAUCCUGAUUGUCCCAUUGAGUGGUUCCACUUUGCCUGUGUUGACCUCGCCACCAAACCAAAAGGAAAAUGGUUCUGUCCGAGGUGCACUCAAGACAGGAAGAAAAAAUGAAAUUUUCCUUUCAGAAAUGGCAACCUACGUUUGUGUUAUUGGUGUCACUAAGUAGUCUAGUUUGUAUUUUGUUUCAGCAAUACUCCGUUUUAAAAAGACGGUUUGUACAACUUUCCUUGAAAACCUUAUCCAGAUUUGGUGUAAAGCUACUUUUGUGACAUAUUUCCUCACCAGCUUCCCCCAUGUUCCCUUCCCCCUUUAAAUUUUAGCACAUCCGUCUUUGUCUUGUAGCUUUAAAUCAAAUUGUCAUACAAUACAUUUACUGUGUUGUCCGGGUCUUGUCAGAAAGUUUCUCCUUUUCGAGUAAAAAAGAUGUAAAUACUAUCUUGACUAACGAAGUCGCAAGUCCAAGAUUGUUGCUUUAGCAUACUUGAAAUGUCAGUUUUAUAAACAACUAUUUUUUUUUAAGAAACAAAUUAACGAGCCUGCUGAGAAUUACAUAUAAAACACCUGUAUGUCCUUACGGAAACAACGGUGGUUAAAAGAAAAAAAAGAAAAAGGAAGUCAGAUUUAGUUUGUCGUUACUACCUCUUUAGGGUUUUACACUAGAACCGCAUAAAUGACUGCAAGUGACCGAGUGAUACAACAAUCACCUUAAACCAAACUGGCAAAGAAGAAAUGUAAACUCAAAAUUUCAACACAAGCCUAUGACAUUUUUGAAUGUAUUGUGGUACUAAUGGUCAGUCGUUGUCUUCUGUCACCUGAAUGAGGUAUUCAAGCACUUUGAAUGAAACCGUUGCCCCUGAAGACGUUUGAUCCUGCGGGCGUUUUAAGACGUAGUUUCUCAUAGCCAACUUUGCUAUUGAAUGUCUGCUGUUUUCCUGGCUUGUACAACUGUAGGGAAAACGCCGGUUCUCCACAUCGAACCGUACAUGGACAAAUAUAUAAUGUAUUUUUUUGUAUUGAAAAGAUAUUUUGUAGACAAAUUAUUCCAAAGAGAUAUGUGUGUUGCGUUUAAAUCCCGGUGACUCAAGAUGUAAUUUAUUAGAACUUUAGCAGCUUCUUUUAUAUUUGACUGUGAAUAUCCUUCAUUUAUGUGCAAACCACAAUAAAUAAAACCAAAGUAUGUAUUUUGUAAAAGUCUUGUAUUUUAUAACAAAUAAAUUUCAAUUAUUAA